UUUAUUCCGAGACGUGACGUGCGGAGUACCGUCGCCAUUUUGCAUUGCUUAAACGUUUUGCGUCGAUAACUAUUCAGUAGAAUAUAAUAAGAAUUGUAUUUGCAUUUGCAAUUGAAUAUAACUGUGAUAAGUAGGAAUUUAAGUAGUUUACUUGUAGAUUAGUAUUAUUUUAGAUCUUUGUAAGUUUUAAGGAUAUUAGUUCGAUAAUGGGCAGAAAGAAGAAGAAGGCAUCAAAGCCGUGGUGCUGGUAUUGCAAUCGGGAGUUUGACGAUGAAAAAAUUCUGAUACAACAUCAAAAAGCGAAGCAUUUCAAAUGCCACAUUUGCCACAAGAAAUUGUACACAGGCCCCGGGCUGUCGAUACACUGCAUGCAGGUCCACAAAGAAGCCAUAGACAAAGUUCCAAAUUCACUACCAAAUAGGUCAAAUAUAGAAAUAGAAAUAUAUGGAAUGGAAGGUAUACCCCCCGAAGAUGUGAAGGAGCAUGAGAAACAAAAGACAGGUGGGGGGAAAGGUUCAGACAGUGAAGAUGACGAGCCUGCGGCUAAGAAAAAAGCUACUCCAGCCUUGCUUGGUCCGGGCCCGUCGACAGUGUCCCCUGGUAUCCUGCCGACGCCGAUGGGACCUGUUCCACCUAGCAUGUACCCUGGACACAUGCAGAUGAAUCCCAUGAUGCAGCAUUUCAUGCAGGCACCUAGAAUGAUGAUGCCAGGAAUGAGGCCGCUGUUCCCUGCGGCGAGUGUUCCCACCUCGACGCCGAGCAAACCUACGUUCCCUGCUUACAGUAAUGCCACAAUAAGCGCGCCGCCGACGACGUCGUCCGCGGCGGCGAGCGAGCCCAAAGAGAACGGUGAGGUGAAGCCCCCCGCCGCGCACUCGUGCCCCCUGGUCACCGCCACCGGCGCCGGCUCCAAGAUCAUACACCCCCCAGAGGAUGUGUCCCUGGAGGAAAUCAGAGCUCGCAACUCAAAGUACCGGCCGAAGCCGAAGCCGGACGCGCCCGCGCCCUCCGUGGCACCCACCAUGAUCACUCCCAGCACCAGCCAGGCUGAGGCGGUGAUGUACGCGCAGGUGGCCGCGCACAUGUCGGCGGCGGUGGCGGCGGCGCGCCAGCAGCAGGCGGCGGCGCAGGCGCAGGCGGCCGCCAUGCGCCGCGCGCCCAUGAUGCCGGGCGUGGUGCUGCCGCAGAUGCGCGUGGGCGUGCCCGUCAGCGUGCCGCCCGUCAUGGGCAUGCUGCCCGUCAUGCCGCAGUUCAACCUCGUGCGCCCGCUGCAGCCCGGGAUGCUGCUGCCGGGCGGCGUGAUGCCGAUGGGCAUGUUCCCCGGCGGGAUGGGCGGCAUGGGCGGCAUGAUGAUGCAGCCGCGCUACCGGUGACUCCGUCCAGGUAAGCGCGGGGCCCGGGCCGACAGUUCCCUGCGAGGCAGGCGAGGGCGCGCGCCGUCACAACGAGCGUUGUUGGAUUGGCGGCCCCCGCUCCGCGACCGACGUGUGCGAUGACAACCACGACUUCGUGUAUAUUACAUAUUUGCCUUUCAACUUUUUUCUUAAGCGUUUCCACGUGAAAGUUGUGACGUUUGCCUAUUCUUUGUAGAAUUUUGACCGUUUUACUCAAUAAAUGCUCUCGACCUGAA